AUGCCGCAGUUUGCAGCAACUUUUGUCCCCGGAGGUUACGACGAUUAUUCUAUGCCCGAGAUGUACGCUCCGGCGCCCCAGAGGGUCAUGCCCGAGGUUCCUCAAAACAUGCAACAAGACCUCCAGCGCAUGGAACUUGAAGCAGGACAAGUUCGAUCUCAUCCAUCACACAACGGCGCUGGCCCCAACUACGGCGGCGGUUACGGCCAGGAGCACGAGCCUGACAGCAGCAACUUCCGGCCCUUCGAAGACGAUCCGAACCACAAGCCCUACAAGUCGAUGGCGGCCAACGACAUGCCGAGCUACACCCCCUUCCCCAAGGUGAAGGGGGACAACAUCCCACCAAGCGACGUCGAAAAGGAGGAAAUAUUGUACAACGCGCGCGAACAUGUGCUGCACUCCAACAACGUCAAUAUGCAGUUGUCAUGGGCUAGAGACGCCCUCAACUACGUUGAGAUCGCGUCCGAGGAUCGUUCGCGAGAUGCUGCGAACAGCGGUCGCCCGACCACCCCCCAGCAACAACAUGAGCUCCGCAUUGACGCCGUGAACAUCAUCAGAUAUCUCUCUGAACAGCACCACCCCGAGGCUGUAUUUAUGAUGGCCAAGUGGGACGAGUUCGGAAAGUUCGGCGUGAGGGAAGACAAGAGGAAGGCCUUCAAGGGUUACAAGCUCGCGGCCGAGCAGGGCUGGGGGCGCGCCGAGUACAGGAUGGGAAUGCUCUUCGAAAACUCUAACGAGUUCGACAAGGCCAUCACGCACUACUACAACGGUGAGAGGUUAGGAGACUCUGCCGCCAUGUACCGUUUGGGUAUGAUGGCCCUGCUUGGUCAACACGGUCAGAGACAAGAUUACCAGCGGGGUAUCGACCUCAUCAACAGGGCCGCCGACACGGCAGACGAGGAUGCGCCACAAGGAGCGUAUGUCUUCGGAAUGCUCAUCGCCCGAGAUCUCCCUGAUAUCACUGUCCCCGAGCAACUGCUUCCCUACAGUGUCGAGACCGCCAGGCAGUAUAUUGAGAAGGCGGCCUACCUCGGAUUCGCCAAGGCCCAACUCAAGAUGGGACAAGCUUACGAGCUCUGCCAGCUCGGAUGCGAUUUCCAGCCUGCUUACUCCCUGCACUACUACGGCCUUGCCUCAGUACAAGGUCAGCCAGAGGCGGCGCUGGGUGUUAGUCGAUGGUUCCUUUUCGGCUACGAAGGCAACUUUGCCAAAAACGAGGGGCUCGCCUUCAAGUACGCGAAACAAGCCGCAGACGCCAAGUUGCCCACCGGCGAGUUCGCCAUGGGAUACUAUCACGAAAUCGGAAUACACAUGCAGAAAGACCUGAACGAGGCACGGCGGUGGUAUGAACUAGCAGCGUCACAUGGCAACCCUGACGCCGUCGGACGGUUGGACAGCUUGCAGAGGAACAAGAGCCUGUCAAAGAAGGACCACGAGACAACGGCUCUCACAAGAAUCAAGUCUCAACAUGGCUCGAUGAGGGGUAAGCGGCCAGAACGGCUGCAAAGGCUCAAGGAUCAGCAACACAUGGCGGCGUUGCCCGAAGGGCCAGCCACACCAAACGACCCGAGCGGAAGAAGUCCAAGAGCAUCCCCCAACCCAUCUCCUAGACACGGGCCGACAGGUGGUGAUGGCCGGCCCCCAGCUUUCGGUUUGAACGUGAACGUUGACCACGGUAACCUUGCCAUGAGGCCGAAGUCAGCAGCGCCCUACCCAGAAGACGAAACUAAACCUUAUCCUCUCAACGUAAACAGGCCAGCAUCCGCAGCCCCAUACCCGGAUGACGGAUUCCAACCGCCAAGGGGCAACCAGGGUGCUUUCGGAAUUCGUCCUGGAAGCGCUGGCAGAGGUGGACCUGGACCAAACAACCUGGGGCCCGGCAGUGGCAUUCCGCCAGCCGGCAUGCCUCCAGGUGGACGAGGCUACAGGCAGCCAAGCCCUGGGCCAGCGGGCGGUUACAGACAGAGCAGCGCAGGAGGACCAGGUCCGGAUGGGCGAAGACCAGUCGGCGGACCGGGUGGAAAUGCAGCAGGACGAGGAGGCCCAUACGGACAACCAGGCGGUCCCCAGUCACCACCGAUGAUCCCACCCGCAGGCUCCAUGCCCGGACCCCAGUACGGUGCCCGAACAAGCUCGUUUGCCCCGCCGCGACAGGAAUCCCUCGGACCACAGCACCCCGGCCGCCAGUCAAGCCAGCCGCAAGCACAGCAGCAGCCACAACGGCCCAUGACCGGAUACACACUCUCGGACAACGGCGGCCGGUCGAGCGCGCCGCCGCAGCAGAACCCGGCUGGCGCGCGGCCCCCCACGGCCUCGUCGUCGCACGGCCCCGGGACUGCCAGCCCUGCACCUAGCACGGCCAGCGCCCCUGCCAAGGCGCAGCGCAAGCCCACAGACCACCCUGAUGGCAAGACGAUCGGCAACGGGCCGUCGACAUUUGACGAGAUGGGCAUUCCGAGGACGAAGGACAAGGAUGAUUGCUGUGUCAUGUAA